GCCAUUUCUUCCCUCCAAAACUCAUCCUUGCUGCAGGGAGGAACAUUGAGCAUCCGUCUCACUGUAUUCAGGAAAACGGAUAUAUACAGUACUUUUUAUUUUUUUUAUUUUUACUUUUCAUUAGCUUAUGUUCGAAACCUUUUAUAUCAUCUAUUAUAUGCACAAGGGGUUUCAACGCGGAACCUUCUAGCUAUCAUCUGUCUCAAGGAGGGCGCGGGUUUUUCAGUUGUAAAGGGAAGUCGUCUCAUUUUAUUUCCUGCGCCAAAAAAAAUGCAAGACAUGGUCAGUACAAUAAAACCUCGAUGAGAGGAGCGUGAGCCGGUGGGAAGUGUGCUGCAUAACUGCCUGAGAUAAUGCUGUUGACACGCGCAGCCUGGAGCUGCUGCUGAGGGAGGAACAGACAGUCCUGUACAAUCAGGGAGCUACUCGCAGAGAGGGACCAUGUCCCACAGGAACCCCAGCCAGGGCAGCCACCGCACAAUGAGCGCCGAGGAGAGGAGCUCCACUCCCAUCCGCCACCACAAGACACCUACACACAAGAGCGCCUCGUCCUCCUCCUCAUCGCAGCGCGACGGCCGGCAGGAGGCAGACAGCUGGGAAAUCAUCGAGGGGCUGAAAAUCGGUCAGAGCAACGUCCAGAGGCCAGAUAAACACGAGGGCUUCAUGCUGAAGAAGCGAAAAUGGCCACUGAAAGGCUGGCACAAGCGUUUUUUUGUCCUGGACAAUGGGAUGCUGAAGUACUCCAAGUCACCAAUUGAUAUUCAGAAAGGCAAGCUGCAUGGCUGCAUUGAUGUGGGUCUCUCUGUCAUGUCCAUCAAGAAGAGAGCCCGUCGCAUUGACUUGGACACAGAGGAGCAUCUCUACCACCUCAAGAUCAAGUCCCCAGACAUCUUUGACUCCUGGGUGGUCAAGCUGCGCCACCACCGUCUCUACCGGCAGAAUGAGAUCGUCCGCUCCCCCCGAGACGCCACCAUGAGGACGUUUCCUCCCCCUGCCAGCACCGAGUCCCCCAUCCCUCACCCCCACCCAGCCCCCUCCCCCGCUGCAGGACAACAUGAAGUAAAGCAGACCAAGCCCACCAGCCUUCCACCAUGGCACUUGCCUGCCUCCUACAGUAACGGGCAGAGCAAGGUGGCUGCAUGGCUCCAGGGGUCAGAGGAGAUGGACAAGUGUACAGAGGAGCUCGCCCGCUGCCAGUCCAGCCUGAUUGAGCUGAGCAAGUUACUGCAGAGCCUGGAGGGCCUACAGAGGACCCAGUCAGCGCCCAAUUUCACUGACAUGCAGGUCCCCUCUCUCCCUGUGAGUGCCAGUAUGUCGCCCACGCGCCUCCACUCCUCCAACCCCAACCUGUGCGCUGAGCAGGUGGACUUCCAGACCCCUGUCUCUCGCCAGAUUCCUGACAACAUGGAGUGUGGCGGUGACUACAUCAAACUACAGGAGGACUUCUGCCUCAUCGCUCAGAAAGUCCACUCCAUGUUGAAGUCUGCGUUCAACACAGUGGCCAUGGAGAAGGAGAAGAUCAAAUCUGUUCUCUCAGACCAGGAGCAGUCAGAGCGGCCUGCCCAGGUCAUCACCCUCAGGAAGUCUCUGUCACAGGCCCUGUCCCAAAACGCUGAGCUUAAAACCCGACUGGGCCGCAUCCACUCUGAGUCGGUCCUGUCUGAACAAACCAUCAGUGUGAACCUCAUCACCAGUCCUGAUGAGGGGGGUGAGCAGAGGGGAAUCCCUCUGACUCAACAGACGUCCAAUGAGAGCAGGCUAUCGAUGUCAGAGUCUGUGUCGGAGUUCUUCGACGCCCAGGAAGUGCUGCUGUCGGCCAGCUCGUCAGAGAACGAGGCCUCAGACGAUGAAUCAUACGUCAGCGAUGUGAGUGAUAACAUUUCAGAAGACAAUGCCAGCGUGACUGAUAACGUCUCCAGACAAAUGCCGAACGGAGACCUGGCUGGAAGUGCCUUCCGUAACGGGCGGCGCCCGUGUCUCCCCGCCCCCUCGCCAGACUGCAGCAACAUCAACCUGUGGAACAUCCUGAGGAACAACAUAGGGAAGGACCUGUCCAAGGUGUCCAUGCCCGUGGAGCUCAACGAGCCCCUCAACACCCUGCAGCACAUGUGUGAAGAGCUGGAGUACACUGAGCUACUAGACAGGGCUGCCGAUACGGAGGACCCUUAUGAACGCAUGGCCAUUAUGGCAGCGUUCGUCAUCUCAGGAUACUCCUCCACGUACUACAGAGCGGGAAGUAAGCCAUUCAACCCUUUACUGGGAGAGACGUAUGAAUGUAUCCGUGAGGACAAGGGCAUGUGUUUUAUCGCUGAGCAGGUGAGCCACCAUCCACCCAUAUCAGCUUGUCACGCUGAUUCCAACAAGUUCACCUUCUUGCAAGACGUCAGAUGGAAAAACAAAUUCUGGGGGAAAUCAAUGGAAAUCCUCCCAAUUGGCACCGUUAAUGUUAUCCUUCCAAGCUUUGGGGACCACUAUGAAUGGAACAAGGUCACCACCUGCGUGCACAACAUCCUAAGCGGGAGAAGGUGGAUCGAACACUACGGAGAGAUCACCGUUAGAAACACCAAAAGCAGCGCCUGUAUCUGCAAACUUACCUUCGUCAAGGGAAAUUACUGGAGUUCUAAUGUGAAUGAGGUUCAAGGGUUUGUGAUGGACCAAGAGGGGAAGGUGGUGCGUCGGCUGUUCGGAAAAUGGCACGAGGGCCUUUACUGUGGAGUCCCGCCCUCUGCCAGAUGCAUCUGGAGGCCAGGCUCCAUGCCCACAGACUACGAGCUGUAUUAUGGCUUUACCAGGUUUGCCAUUGAGCUCAAUGAGCUUUGCCCUGAGAUGCAAGACCUGCUACCACCCACAGAUGCCCGCUUCAGACCCGAUCAGAGACACCUGGAGGAGGGGAAUGUGGAAAUGGCAGCCUCAGAAAAGCAGCGUAUUGAGGACAUGCAGCGCACCAGGAGGAAGUGGCAAGACGAGAACGACAUUAAGCAUGAACCACGCUUCUUCAAGAAAGUGGUUGAUGCCAAUCAAAGGGAGCGCUGGGUCACUAACAACACCUACUGGGAGCUUCGCAAAUCCCCCGGCUUCAUCAACAUGGAAAACCCUAAUCUAUGGUAGCAUAUGGAUCGCUAUGCACACCAUAUCAUCAUCGCUGACAAAGGCUUUUAUCUAUGCACAAUGAGGUUUUCAAAUUAAUAUCUCAUUGACAAAAUGACAGUGUGGAAGGAUACAAGAGCUGAGAUGAGUUGAUGACUUACCAUCGCCCUAUUCAGCCGGCCAGUCACCCAUUCAAGCAUCCUCUUGGAUCCCCCUCAUUGAGCUUGGUGCGGAGGCUGGGUUGUCAGGGCAACAAUCUUACCAUGUAGAUCUAUCCUAAGUCGUUUUGUGUUUGUCCUUGCCUUAAUGUCAUCUAUCCACACCACACAUUUUAAAGCUUUUCGUGAAACCCACUUGAGUUCUGAUAGCGGUUUGAUUUAGACUAGUGAUGGUAAUGAAAGCGGUUUGAUUUAGACUAGUGAUGGUAAUGAAAGCGGUUUGAUUUAGACUAGUGAUGGUAAUGAAAGCGGUUUGAUUUAGACUAGUGAUGGUAAUGAAAGCGGUUUGAUUUAGACUAGUGUUUGUUCUGAAAGCGGUUUGAUUUAGACUAGUGAUGGUAAUGAAAGCGGUUUGAUUUAGACUAGUGAUGGUAAUGAAAGCGGUUUGAUUUAGACUAGUGAUGGUAAUGAAAGCGGUUUGAUUUAGAUUAGUGUUUGUUCUGAAAGCGGUUUGAUUUAGACUCGUGAUGGUAAUGAAAGCGGUUUGAUUUAGACUAGUGUUUGUUCUGAAAGCGGUUUGAUUUAGACUAGUGAUGGUAAUGAAAGCGGUUUGAUUUAGACUAGUGUUUGUUCUGAAAGCGGUUUGAUUUAGACUAGUGAUGGUAAUGAAAGCGGUUUGAUUUAGAUUAGUGUUUGUUCUGAAAGCGGUUUGAUUUAGACUAGUGAUGGUAAUGAAAGCGGUUUGAUUUAGACUAGUGUUUGGAUUAGGCCUUUGACCAACUACUAAUGUAUGUGUCAUGCAUGUUUAGAGUCCAGCUUUCAUUGGCAUAUCCUAUAUAGACUAACAUUAUUUGUUUUAAAAACAAAAAGAAAAUAAAGAAGUUUUUGUAAAAUAUCUUCAACAACAUAGAAUUGAGUGAAAAUGUAACUAAUAUACAAUAUUGGAAGAUUGCUCUUAUUUCUUUUUUUAAUGAGCCAUAUGCAUUAGUUCAGUCUGAAUCAUAGCUGUAUUCUCUAUUGGGUCACACAUUCUUUGUGAAAGUUAAAGAGAUUCUCUGGUAGUUUUGUAUAGUUUUUAGCCAGUAGCUCUGAAAGUAGCACUCGCGAGCCAAAAAAAAGAGGAAAAUUGUGUACUACAUCACAUAUGUGCAGAUUUGUGCACCACAUCAUUGCUCUGUCUCUCUCUCUGCUGUGUGUGCAUGAUGUGCCUCUUGUUAGUUGUCACUCAAAUGGUUGAAGCUCAUUGGUUGAACUCGAAUUUCUAGGGGGCUGGACCACAUGGGGGCAAAUGGUGCAACUCAGCUUCCAGAAAAACAGUUACUUUCAAUCUAGGGAUUGUGUGUCUAAUUGAGGUAAAACCAUAAUUCUGCUCAUAGAUUAAGCAUUGGAGCGGCAGCGUAGCCUAGUGGUUAGAGCGUUGGACUAGUAACCGGAAGGUUGUGAGUUCAAACCCCCGAGCUGUUGUUCUGCCCCUGAACAGGCAGUUAACCCACUGUUCCCAGGCCGUCAUUGAAAAUAAGAAUAUGUUCUUAACUGACUUGCCUGGUUAAAUAAAGGUAAAAUUUAAAAAAAUGUAUGAACUAUACAUUAGCCCCGUUUAUACCUGCCACUUACGUGCUUCCUUCGUCCUGAUCUUGUAAGAUCUGAUCAAACUCAGUUCACAACGUGUCUUUUUUAUUGAUCUACACCUCUCUAAAAAUGUGGCACAAUCAGAAUGAGGACAAGAACAGAACAAAGGGCGCAUGUUAUUAACAGGUAUAAACAUAGCUAUUGACACAUCUAGCCCAAAGCGAGAGGUUUUAAAAAUUAAAAAAUAUAUUUUUAAAAACGUAUUUGUCGGGAAAGUUCCGGAACAUGUCUUAAAUUUGUUUUAAUCACUGGUAUUGGUGAAGGACAUUGCUGUAUGCCGAGACGUUUUCUCAGCAACUCCCAAAGACAAAACCCCUUGAGUUGAAACGUUUAGUUCCAGCUUGGCUAGUUGAGGGAGACUGGCCCAACAGCUGAUACAUAAGCACUGGAAAGUGACUUCCUUUUUCGAGCCUUCAUGCAGCACACCCCCCUUGUCACUCACCACAACUGUUUAAGCUACAGACAAUACUUCCUUGUAAUUAACUUUUACAUGUAUAGACAAUUCUGCUUUCUGUUAUUCAGCUCACACGAAAACUAUUUUUGAUAGUUUAAGAAAGAGAAAAAAAGUAUGAAUAUAAUUUGAAUGUUCUUUAAUUUCCUGUAAUACAAUUGAUCUGUGUUGUUGUCUGAGUGUUAUAGUGAGAAUCCUAGCCUGCAGUAGAACUAUAAAGACAUGCCAGCACCCAAGACAUCUGAUAUGGUGAUAUGAAGACAUACCUACUGGCCGUGUGCCCAUCCCUUCUAAAGAAUCUAUUUCAACCCGGGUCACUUGUCUGGAUACAUAGUUACACCGACUCAUCUUUGAUACAGCUCUAUGUAUAAAUAAUGUGGUAGCUGGUUGGCUCGUUAGUGUAUUUCCUUUUCACGUUAUUUUUCCAACUAAGCCCCUCAGUGAAAUGACAAGCGUAGUGAAAGUGGAGUAGUAGUCCUGCUGUCCUGUAGCAGUAUAGAGGUCAACGUGUCCUCUACUGGGAACCACGUGACCUCUACUGGGAACCACACCAGACUGACUGACUAGAUACCCCCACUUAUACAACUACACCAGACUGACUGACUAGAUACCCCCACUUAUACAACUACACCAGACUAACUGACUAGAUACUAUACAACUACACCAGACUGACUGACUAGAUACCCCCACUUAUACAACUACACCAGACUGACUGACUAGAUACCCCCACUUAUACAACUACAGUACACCAGACUGACUGACUAGAUACCCCCACUUAUACAACUACACCAGACUAACUGACUAGAUACCCCCACAUAUACAACUACACCAGACUGACUGACUAGAUACCCCCACAUAUACAACUACACCAGACUGACUGACUAGAUACCCCCACAUACAAGUGUAUUGUAAAACACAAGGGAUGCAUAUUUGCCAGUUCUUUGACAAUACAUAACAGAUUCCCAUAUACAUAUUAAUUUGUGUUAUGUAAAAGAGGCCAAGGGCCAAAAUUAUUUUACAACGUUCAGAAUUAUUUUGCUUUUGCAAAUCCUUUAACGUGGCAGAAUGUUGAUGUUAAAGCCAAAGACAAGUGUUUUUUUAAUUAUAGAAAAAAAUAUAAACUCAUUCUAGUUAUGGUGUUUUCAUUAUGUAGUUACCACACAGAGAAAAAGCUAUUAUAUUUGAUUAUCCUUUAAACAAGUGUCCAGUUCCUAGAAUUUACUGCUAUGAUGUUGUCCUUAACCAUUCACCAAUACAAUUUUAAAAGGAUUAGAUUAUUACUGCCAAAUAACUUUAAUGUAUAUUUGAUGUUCCCCUUGUCACCGUGUGUAGCAGUCCAUACACAAUGGUUCAGUGUGUUAGAUUACCACAGAAUCUGUAACGAUACAUUAUACAUUUGGAUUAUAUUUGAUUUAUUCUUUGUUUUGUUCUAAGGAAGCCGGAAAUUGAAACGAGGAAAGUGGUCCUACGUUAGAAAUAUAUAGAAUGGAAACGUUCAACUAUAAAGUCUUAACUAUUAUUUUCGUGUGUAAUGUCCAGUAUUGAAGAUUAAGACAGAAAAACGAUAGAUAUGACUACAACAUCAUAUUGCAGCCAUGUAUUCAGAAAUCGAAUUUGUUUGUCCACUGUCAAUUCCACUUGAUGUGCCUUAAUACAUUUUAUUAACGCCUCGCACACAAUGUUGAUAAGAAACCACAUACAAGUCAGAUAAGGAAACCAUUUCAAAUCCAAUCAACCACUUUCCCCACUUGAGUAUUGUUCCCCAAAUUGUAUUAUGUACUGAAUAAUGUUGGGGAAUAGAAGUGCUCGGAAUGUGUCUGAAAUCUUGAUACGAUGUAAGCAUUUCCCAUAAAUCUAGAUAUUCUAAUUUUCUGUGCAGUCAACUCCACUCAUUUGUGAUCACUGUUAUUGUCAGUAUCAUACAGUAAGCCCAGUACUCUACUGCACUGCACUACAUGUAAACAGCAGAAUAUUCCUCUUUUGGAUUGGACUGAUGUAAAGAUUUUACUAUCAACAUCAACAUAAUACUUAGUUCAUCAGGAUAUUUGAGGAGGAUCAUGUAGUCUGUGAUGUUCUAGAUGAAUACAUUGUUUUCAGAGAGAGAGAGAGAGAGACCUUGUAGAAAAUAACUAAGACUUGUUUCAUCAGAGUAGAACGAUGAAACUUCCUGAGUAGUUAAUGGGUUACAAUGUUUAUGUAUCUGCAUGUUUAAAUGACAUAGCCUGCCAAUGAAUGUUGCAAAUGCCUUAUGAAAGAUUAUUUCCUCUAAUGGACUUUUUCUUUUGAGUUUCAAACUGACAUGUAAGUAAACAUUACACACUGUGUCAGCGGAGUUCUUUAAGUCCAUUUUCUGAUGGGUACCUUCUAAAGUGCAAUUGUCUUAAGUACAUAUCUUUCCAUGACCACUGUACACUGCUGCUAUCAUAGUGCUUGUUCUAAUACAAAAUAAAUACAACCGAGGAGUCUGCCACA